GAAAAGUGUGUCACUGGGGCACGAGGCGCUCCCUGGGAUCACAUGGUACUUGCUCCAGUGCCGCGUGCGGCCCGGGAACCCUGGGCUGCUGGCGCCUGCGCAGAGCCCUCUGUCCCAGGGAAAGGCUCGGGCAAAAGGCGGCUGAGAUUGGCAGAGUGAAAUAUUACUGCCGAGGGAACGUAGCAGGGCACACGUCUCGCCUCUUUGCGACUCGGUGCCCCGUUUCUCCCCAUCACCUACUUACUUCCUGGUUGCAACCUCUCUCUCUCUGGGACUUGUGCACUGGGAUUCGCUACCCCACAGCGCUGCGGAGCCGGCAGGCAGAGGCACCCCGUACACUGCAGAGACCCGACGCUCCUUGCUACCUUCUAGCCAGAACUACUGCAGGCUGAUUCCCCCCACACACUCUCUUUGCUCUUCCCAUGCAAAGCAGAACUUCGUUGCCUCAACGUCCAACCCUUCUGCAGGGCUGCAGUCCGGCCACCCCGAGACCUUGCUGCAGGGUGCUUCGGAUCCUGAUCGUGAGUCGCGGGGUCCUCUCCCCGCCCUUAGCCAGUGCCCAGGGGGCAACAGCGGCGAUCGCAACCUCUAGUUUGAGUCAAGGUCCAGUUUGAAUGACCGCUCUCAGCCGGUGAAGACAUGACGACCCUGGACUCCAACAACAACACAGGUGGCGUCAUCACCUACAUUGGCUCCAGUGGCUCCUCCCCGAGCCGCACCAGCCCUGAAUCCCUCUAUAGUGACAACUCCAAUGGCAGCUUCCAGUCCCUGACCCAAGGCUGUCCCACCUACUUCCCACCGUCCCCCACUGGCUCCCUCACUCAAGACCCAGCUCGCUCCUUUGGGAGCAUUGCACCCAGCCUGAGUGAUGAUGGCUCCCCUUCUUCCUCAUCUUCCUCGUCGUCAUCCUCCUCCUCCUUCUAUAAUGGGAGCCCCCCAGGGAGUCUACAAGUGGCCAUGGAGGACAGCAGCCGAGUGUCCCCCAGCAAGAGCAGCAGCAACAUCACCAAGCUGAAUGGCAUGGUGUUACUGUGUAAAGUGUGUGGGGACGUUGCCUCGGGCUUCCACUAUGGCGUGCACGCCUGUGAGGGCUGCAAGGGCUUUUUCCGUCGGAGCAUCCAGCAGAACAUCCAGUACAAAAGGUGUCUGAAGAAUGAGAAUUGCUCCAUCGUCCGCAUCAAUCGCAACCGCUGCCAGCAAUGUCGCUUCAAGAAGUGUCUUUCCGUGGGCAUGUCUCGAGACGCUGUGCGUUUUGGGCGCAUCCCCAAACGAGAGAAGCAGCGGAUGCUUGCUGAGAUGCAGAGUGCCAUGAACCUGGCCAACAACCAGUUGAGCAGCCAGUGCCCGCUGGAGACUUCACCCACCCAGCACCCCACCCCAGGCUCCAUGGGCCCCUCGCCACCCCCUGCUCCAGUCCCCUCACCCCUGGUGGGCUUCUCCCAGUUCCCGCAACAGCUGACGCCUCCCAGAUCCCCAAGCCCCGAGCCCACAGUGGAGGAUGUGAUAUCCCAGGUGGCCCGGGCCCAUCGAGAGAUCUUCACCUACGCCCAUGACAAGCUGGGCAGCUCACCUGGCAACUUCAAUGCCAACCAUGCAUCAGGUAGCCCUCCAGCCACCACCCCGCAUCGCUGGGAAAAUCAGGGCUGCCCACCUGUCCCCAAUGACAACAACACCUUGGCCGCCCAGCAUCAUAACGAGGCCCUAAAUGGUCUGCGCCAGGCCCCCUCCUACCCUCCCACCUGGCCUCCCGGCCCUGCACACCACAGCUGCCACCAGUCCAACAGCAACGGGCACCGUCUAUGCCCCACCCACGUGUAUGCAGCCCCAGAAGGCAAGGCACCUGCCAACAGUCCCCGGCAGGCUAACUCCAAGAAUGUUUUGCUGGCAUGUCCUAUGAACAUGUACCCGCAUGGACGCAGUGGACGAACGGUGCAGGAGAUCUGGGAAGAUUUCUCCAUGAGCUUCACGCCUGCUGUGCGGGAGGUGGUAGAGUUUGCCAAGCACAUCCCGGGCUUCCGUGACCUUUCUCAGCACGACCAAGUCACCCUGCUUAAGGCUGGCACUUUUGAGGUGCUGAUGGUGCGCUUUGCAUCAUUGUUCAACGUGAAGGACCAGACAGUGAUGUUCCUAAGCCGCACCACCUACAGCCUGCAAGAGCUUGGUGCCAUGGGCAUGGGAGACCUGCUCAAUGCCAUGUUCGACUUCAGCGAGAAGCUCAACUCCCUGGCGCUUACCGAGGAGGAGCUGGGCCUCUUCACCGCGGUGGUGCUUGUCUCUGCAGACCGCUCGGGCAUGGAGAAUUCCGCUUCGGUGGAGCAGCUCCAGGAGACGCUGCUGCGGGCUCUUCGGGCUCUGGUGCUGAAGAACCGGCCCUUGGAGACUUCCCGCUUCACCAAGCUGCUGCUCAAGCUGCCGGACCUGCGGACCCUGAACAACAUGCAUUCCGAGAAGCUGCUGUCCUUCCGGGUGGACGCCCAGUGACCCGCCCGGCCGGCCUUCUGCCGCUGCCCCCUUGUACAGAAUCGAACUCUGCACUUCUCUCUCCUUUACGAGACGAAAAGGAAAAGCAAACCAGAAUCUUAUUUAUAUUGUUAUAAAAUAUUCCAAGAUGAGCCUCUGGCCCCCUGAGCCUUCUUGUAAAUACCUGCCUCCCUCCCCCAUCACCGAACUUCCCCUCCUCCCCUAUUUAAACCACUCUCUCUCCCCCACAGCCCUCCCCUGGCCCCCUGAUUUGUUCUGUUCCUGUCUCAAAUCCAAGAGUUCACAGCUGA